GGACACCGGAAGCAAUAGUGAAACUUCCUGUUUGUUUUUCGGCGUGUUUGAAUCGUCUCUUCAGUGUUUCUCCUCAGGAAAACGUUCUAUUAUACACUUCAUUUCCUUCUGGUAUAAUCCUAAAGAGCCGCGGCAGAGAUGGCAAGAAACGCGGAGAAGGCCAUGACGGCUCUGGCUCGGUUCAGACAGGCUCAGCUGGAGGAGGGGAAAGUGAAGGAGAGGAGGCCCUUCCUGGCGUCAGAGUGCAGUGAGCUUCCUAAAGCUGAGAAAUGGAGACGACAGAUCAUCAGUGAGAUCUCUAAGAAAGUGGCUCAGAUCCAGAACGCUGGUCUCGGGGAGUUUAAGAUUCGGGAUCUGAACGAUGAGAUCAACAAGCUGCUGAGAGAGAAAGGUCACUGGGAGGUCAGGAUCAAAGAACUGGGAGGACCGGACUACGCACGAGUCGGGCCCAGGAUGCUGGAUCACGAGGGGAAGGCGGUUCCAGGAAAUCGAGGAUAUAAAUACUUCGGCGCAGCCAGAGACCUGCCUGGAGUCCGAGAGCUGUUCGAGAAGGAGCCUGCUCCGGCGAUGAGGAAGUCGAGGGCGGAGCUGAUGAAGGAGGUCGACGCAGAAUAUUACGGAUACAGAGACGAAGACGAUGGAGUCCUGCUGCCUCUGGAGGCGCAGUACGAGAAGCAAGCUGUGCAGGAGGCGGUGCAGAAGUGGAGGAAGGAGAAGGAGUCCCGUCUGUCUGGAGACAAGCAGCCGGAGGAAGAGGAGGAGGAGAGCAUCUACAACGCUCAUAAAGAGGAGCCUGAAGAGGAGGAGAGCCAGGAGGAGAUGGAGGGGGAGGAGGGGGGGGUCACCUUCAUGGCACACGUACCUGUUCCCUCCCAGAAAGAGGUGGAGGAGGCUCUGGUCAGGAGGAAGAAGAUGGAGUUGUUGCAGCGUUACGCCAGUGAGACUCUUCAGGCUCAGAGUCAGACAGCCAGGACGCUGCUGGGCGUGUGACCCGUCUGUCUCUCUGACCCGUCUGUCUCUCUGACCCGUCUGUCUCUUUGUGACCCGUCUGACCCGUCUGUCUCUCUCUGACCCGUCUGUCUCUCUGACCCGUCUGUCUCUCUGACCCGUCUGUCUCUCUGACCCGUCUGUCUCUCUGACCCG